GAUGUGAGGCCUUUCAUGAAUACACUGCAUGUUUAAGGUUGCAUUGACUAGUAACAUUACAGCCUAAUCUCCAAGUUUAGUCUUUAGUGCAGAUGUUUAGCUUUAAAGGGGAACACAAUAUGCAGCCAAAGUUUCUGGGCAGGGACGUGAUGAAAUACAAUCCUCCUUCAGAACACAUGCAGCCAACAGAACAGUGUUUCAGCACGUUUGCCUAGAUGUGCAGCAUCCAUGUUUCUCUACAUGCUAAUCUUCAUGGCGUAUCAUAGCAGCAGAUGGAUACCACGGAAUAAGAGGCUGAAAUUUCAAAUAGUGAAUGCGGUGUUCAUAAUAGUUGUUCUGGCCCCUCAGCUCUACGUCAUGGGAAGGCCUAAAUCCUCAAGAUACUGCAGACAGCCACUUCUGAACAAUUUGUCGACCUCUGUUGCCUUAUCAUUUAUAGCUUCAGGUUUUUCAGUGAUAUUCACUCUACUAGAUCCAGUUCCGCAGAGCUUGUGGGCUGCCUAUAAUGUUUUUGGCCUGCUGUCGUUCGGACACGGGCUGUGCACGGCUAUCCUGACCAUCACAGCUGCUGAAUGUGAUAAAACCACCCCAGAGCUGUACUACAUGUCCCUAACUCUGACAGUCGCCUCUACCUUCAGUACAGGGUUUUUUAUGGUGAGAGGAGGAUUGUGGUUAACCAACAGGCGGCUCGUGACGGAGACAAGCAGAAACACAGAGUGA